AUGAAAAAAAUAUACCUAUGGGUAAUUUAUUGUAAAACAAAAAUAGUAUGGAAUAAUUCCCACUUUCUUCGAGAAUUUUAUAUGCAAAAUUUUAUAAAUCAUUUUUUAAAUAGUUAUAAUUAUACUAUGAUUAGUGUAAAAAAUAAGAUGGAUUAUCUUCGCUUGUAUAAUUUUUCAUUAAAAAAUAUUCCUCUAUCACAUUGUGAAAAUAAUAAUUGUAUCCUUUCAGAUAAUGACACAUUAGAUAAAAAUACAACAUUGAAAGAAAAUAAGAAAAAUAAUUUUUUUAAAUUACUUGAGUAUGAAUAUUUAGCAAUUAAAAUUCUUCUUUAUUAUUUUAAAUGUUCCCUAAGAUUUCUUAUCUUUACAUUAGUUCAUUUUUAUUUAUUUUUUUACAACUGCUUCAAUCUUGUACUAUAUAUAUUAAGAAAAAAAAUUAUAUACAAAAAUAAACAGUUAAAUUACUAUUUUUCUAUUCCAAAUCAUUUAUUUAAUAGCUUUGUUACUAUUUAUAAAAUUCCUAAAAGAAAUAAUUCUUUUGACUUUAAUUUUAAAAUUGACGAUUUAACAUUUCUAGGUUCAGGAUUUAUUUACGAUAAAAGGGGAUAUGUAUUAACAGCUGCACAUAAUGUAACACAUUUAGAAGAAGGUACAUUUAUUAUAAAAAAUUGCGAUGAUUUUUAUUUAGCUGAAGUAUCCGGACUACAUAAUGAAUCAGAUGUUUGCGUUAUGAAAAUAGUUUCAAAGAAAAAAUUUCCUCAUAUAUCGUUAGAUACUAAAAGGGAAACUUUAAAACAUGGAGAACUUGUAAUUACAUUUGGCCAAAUACAGAAUUUUGAUAGAGAAACAUGUAGUAUUGGUAUAGUUAAUCAACCUAAACAAACAUUUUCGAAAUUUACUAACUUUAGUGAAAAAGAGCAACCAUGCUUAUAUCCUUUUAUACAAAUAAGCAAUCCUAUCAAUAAUGGUAUGUCAGGUUCACCAUUAAUUGAUCAAAAUGGAAAUCUGGUAGGAAUGAUUCAAAAAAAGAUAGAUAAUUAUGGAUUAGCACUACCAAUAAAUAUUCUAAAAAAUAUAGCAGAAUAUUUGCAAUAUAAAGGAACAUAUAAAGAACCCUUUUUAGGAAUUAUAUUAAAAGAAAAAGAAUUUAAUAUAAGAAAUUCCUCAAGUUCCAAAAAAGAAUUAAAAAUAUAUGAUAUUUUGAGUAACUCACCUGCAGAAAUCUCAGGUUUAAAAAGAGAAGAUGUCCUCUUCAGUAUUAACAACAAAAAUAUAAAGAAUAUUUGUGAGGUUCAUGAAAUUCUAAAUAGUACAAGUGAUCGAUUCAUAGAUGUUGAAAUCCUUCGUCAAAACAAAAAAUUAAAAUUUAAAGUAUGA